CAAACAUGAUCACUUAGCAACAAAAAACCAACACCACUUCAAAACAUGGCUUCAGUUCCGACUCCGACGACGGUGAAGGAUGAGGCCACCGCCCCGACCACCAUCCGCGCCACGGUUGUCCAAGCCGCCAGUGUCUUCUACGACACCCCUGCCACUCUCGAUAAAGCAGAGAGGCUGGUGGCGGAAGCAGCCUCAAAUGGAGCACAAUUGGUGGUGUUUCCCGAAGCAUUCAUCGGUGGCUAUCCACGUGGAUCCAUCUUCGGGGCCACCAUCGGCCACUUCACCCCCACUGCCGGCGAACAGUUCCGCAAAUACUAUGACUCCGCCAUUGACGUUCCCGGUCCGGAGAUGGAUCGGCUGGCGAGCAUAGCGGAGAACUACAAGGUGUAUCUGGUGACGGGAGUGAUCGAGAGAGAGGGAUAUACCUUAUACUGCAGUGUUGUCUUCUUUGACCCUCAAGGCUGCUACCUCGGCAAGAGGAGGAAGUUGAUGCCCACCACGGCCGAGCGCCUCGUCUGGGGCUUUGGUGAUGGAUCCACCACUCCUGUCUUUGACACCCCCAUCGGGAAGCUGGGUGCCAUUAUCUGCUGGGAGAACAAGAUGCCUCUGCUGAGGACAGCAAUGUACGCUAAAGGGAUCGAGAUAUACUGUGCACCCAACUCAGAUGACAGAGAAGUUUGGCAGCCAACGGUGAGGCACAUCGCCAUAGAAGGGGGCGUCUUCGUGCUCUCUGCUGGUCAGUUCUGCCUCAGGAAGGACUAUCCGCCCCCUCCUGAGUACUUACUCACAGAGUGGGAAGACGAGCUCCAACCAGAUUCUGUGGUGGCCGCUGGGGGCAGUGUCAUCGUUGCCCCCUCCGGGGAGGUCUUAGCCGGGCCCAAUUUCGAAGGGGAGGGACUUCUCACUGCUGAUUUGGAUCUGAAGGAUGUGGCGCGUGCCAAAUUCUCGUUUGAUGCUGUUGGCCACUAUUCUAGACCGGACAUUCUCAGCCUCAUUGUCAACGAGCGAGCUAUGAAACCGGUUACCUUCACUUCCCACAAAUGACACUACCAUUGCAUCAGCUUUCCCUGUCUUGUUGUCUUGAAUAAAUCACCUUGUAACAAUAAGCUCAAUACAGUAUAAUAACCAACACUUUAUCGGCAUCCAUCUCUUUGUGAUGGCUUUGCCACUGUGUUCUUCCCUUCACAAUAUCCCAUAAAAUGUUAAAAAUCAUACUAUCAAUGAUAUGAUGUGAUGCAUACAAAUGUGUAUGUGAGUUAUGGCCGA